AAUCAAUCUUUCCUCGUGUUCUCAGUUGGAGGCCACCUCUUGCUCCACCACACACACAUCUACACACACAUUCACACACUUUCACACACAUUCACACACUUUCACACACAUUCACACACUUUCACACACAUUCACGCACAGAUAAAAGAAAAAUAUGUCAUUUUAACUUGCCCGUUACUGUACCGUUAGAAUAAGACUGAAUACACACAUUUCGCAGCACUUCAGUGUUUGAACCACGGAGAGGAGAGACGUUGAGGACGUUGAAGACGUUGAAGACGUUGAGGGCUUUAGGGACGUUGAAGACAGUGCCGGCGCAGUAUGAGGUCCAACUUUACCCUUUUUCACUUUUUCUUCUGCCUGGUUUUGGUGUCGUACGGCGCGUCUGCAGUGAUCACAGGGGCGUGUGAGCUGGAUACACAGUGUGGUGGGGGGAUGUGCUGUGCGGUCAGUCUGUGGAUCCGCAGUCUGAGGAUGUGUACACCGAUGGGUCUGGAGGGAGAAGAGUGCCACCCCAUGAGUCACAAGGUUCCGUUUAACGGGAAGAGGCUCCACCACACGUGUCCCUGUUUACCCAACCUGUCCUGCAUCACUACAGCCGACGGGAAAUCCAAAUGCCUUCCUCCAAUCAAAUCCCAGGAUUAUUAUCUCUGACUGAUGAAUAGAGUAUAAUGCAGAAAUCUGUAUAAAAAUGUACAUUAUUUAAUAAAUGAAUAAUGUAAUUAAUUAAUAACACAAAUAAUUAUUUAUUGAGCUUUCUACAGCUAUAUUGAAUUAUAUUUAUUUUAAAAAAUGUGUUAUUGUAUUUAUUAUAAAGUACGUAAAACCACUCUAUGACAGUAAUAA